AUGGCUACCGCCGUCGCUUGCGCUGAUCCCGCGCUGGCCAGCCUCAAGAAGCUGCUCGCCGAGCCGUCGCCCACCGGUGCGCCCGUGGCCUACUGCGCGCUCAGCCCGGCCGCCGUCCGCCGCCUCUGCAGCACCCAGGGCAAGGAGGUCCGCCGCUCCGACGACGACGACGACACCAACGGCAAGCACGAGGAUGCCGCCGCCGUGGGCCUCCGCCGUGCUCUCGACUCCGACCUGUCCAGCCUCUUCUCCCAUGAUGUGUUCGACCGGUUCGCCGCGCCGACGAGCCUGAGCCGUCUGCUGGGUCUGAUGGAGGACGCGGUCGCUGCUCCUGGUCUGGGCGGCAUCUCCUCCACGGCACGGCGCGGGUGGUCGGUGGCGAAGGAGGACGACGAGGCGGUGUACCUGAAGGUGCCGAUGCCGGGGUUCGGGAAGGAGCACGUCAAGGUGUCGGCGGAGAAGAACAGCCUGGUGAUCAAGGGGGAGGGCGAGAAGGAUGCCUGGGACGGCGACAAGGACGACAACGCUGUGCCGAGGUUCAACCGCCGCAUCGAGCUGCCCGCCAACGCGUACAAGAUGGACAAGAUCAAGGCCGAGAUGAAGAACGGCGUGCUCAUGGUGACCGUGCCCAAGCUCAAGAAGGAGGAGCGCAAGGACGUGUUCCAGAUCGCCGUCGAGUAGGGAGGGAGACGAAUCGAUCGUGAGUAGUCCUAGUCCUAGUAGUAGUAGUAGUAGUGCUAAUGGGAGGGCUGGUGCGAGUGGAGUUGAGAGAAGCCUUGUUGAUGUUUUAGCUUCUGUGAUCGUCUUGCGUAGCUCUGAUUGAGUGGUGGUGAAGUUGGUCAGGAACUUUGUUCAUUUCGAACUGCUUUGGUGGUGAAAUUGGUCAUGAACUUUGUUGAUUUCGACUUGAUGAAGUGCUUUGUUGGUGAAAUUGGCCAGGAA